AUGCUUGGGUUGUGUGUUUCGGAAUUACCCUGGUCUACUAAAGAAGUUUUAACAACAGUCGAAUCGUUAUUGAAACAGUCUGCUUCUCCGUACGAUAAAAAUCAUAAUUCGACUUUGUUAGAUGUACUAUGUCCAUUCACGGCCAAGUGGUUAGAAGUUCAUCGUGAAUUUCGUGAAUGUACACAAUAUUUUAUUGAUGGUGAUAGUCUACUGUUAACUGCCACAGGAUUUUCAAGUGUCAAUCUAAACGAGUACUAUGGUACACAUCAUUGGCAUUUAGUGAAACCAUGCGGAACAGAGACUGAACGCAUAAAAGAUGAUAUGAAUAAGAAAGCAAAAAAGUAUAGAUAUAGAACAACGGUUAAUCAAAAUUUUCUUGACUAUUUUACGGCUUACGGUAAGUCUCUUACCUCCUUCGAUAUUAAAGAUAAUCAAUUGAAAAUUGCAUUACCGCAAAAAGUAUUGUUAGCAAACGAAUUCAUUUUAAAGCAAAAACACGAAAAGGAAGUGAAACAAUCGGCUAAUAAACAAAAAAUUCUUGCAGUGAAUGACAAAUAUACGGAAGAUAAAAAGAAGCAAGAAGAGCUUCAACGCAAAACCUAUGCAUCCUAUUAUGCAAUGAAAGAAGUAUUGAAAGGUUCAUAUAACGGUCUUUGUAUCUAUGUCUCACCAACAAACGCCUUGGAACGUCUUGCAGAUUUAAAUAAAUAUCUAUAUUCAGGAAAAGCACUACAUCCAAUACAUCUGAUUGGUUUAAUGAACAGUAAACAAUUGAUUGAGAUUGAACGCGGCAGUUUGCCCGUUGAUUUAAGUCUAUCACCAAAAGAAACGUUGCAAUUGUAUGAUGCAGCAUUUCUAACAAUACAUAGUCAUACGUAG